UUAGGAAUAAUGCAGAUGAGAUGACUACACAUUUAUCGGACUUUUCACACGUGCUGAGCACGUGGGAGGUAUAUCCACGGGCACAUCACUUUCAGACACGAUUCAAUGACGUUUAUACAAGAUAUAAGAAAAUAGCAACGGAAGGUCCCCAUUCAACUAUUUUUAAAGAUUCAAAACUGAGGGAACCGUUGGAGAAAUUGUAUUGUCAGUUGGGAAAUACCCUCAGAAUUAUCGUUAUAGGACGGAACGAUCUUCAAACAAAAUGUUUCAUUUCUUCACCUCAACGUGCAGAAGGUCCGACUUAUUCUCCAUUGCUGGAUGGCUCAAAAUCAGGGCCUGAAGAUCAAACCACAACGCUUGUCAUCUGUUAUGCAGUGAUAAAUCAUUUUGAUAGCGAAGGGUUGAAGGAAAUUCUAGAUGCAUUAGAGUAUUUCAAAUCCAUGGAAGAGAAAUUGAGGUCAUGUUUAAUUGCUCCUCCGCUAAUUGUUUGCCAAACGAGAAUGAUGCACGACAGAAACAUAUCAGAAACUGACCAGUUCCUUUCCAGUUUAAUUUCUACAGCAGCGACGUCACUUGGUAUGAAAUUAGAAGCUGGAGAUAUCACCAUUGACCCAGUUGAAACAGCACUUGGUAGCAUGAUUUCCGAAAUUCUAGAAAAAAAAAUCAUCCAUGGCUUUGUCAACAUGAGCACACAGUUACAAGAUUUCGUUGGAGAUAGAUGUUUUGUUUCAGAUGCGAUUGAGAUACUAGAAUCGGAGCAACUAAUCACCUCAAUACAGGGCUUUAUGAAAAAUGGAUUAGGAUUUGUAGAUAUACUAGAGACAAGGAAAGACGAACCUUUCAUAGAAACAGUGCUCCGCAGUGCCGUUCGUGUUAUCCGAUGCGCCAUCAUGGCGCCAUUGUCUGCUAAACACAGCUUGCCUCAGGAUACAUGCAAUCGCAUUGCUCAUGCAACCAACUUUGAAGACGAGUUAAUCAGAUGCGUUUCGAAAAACACAAGAUACCACCUGUCAAAGCUCGAAAAGCCUUGUGAUGAAAUGGUAAAAGCAACAAAAUCAGGUAAAACGUCGCACCACUUUCCAGGCAGAAGUUUCGUAUUUAUUGCAUAUCCGUUGCGUGAUGAUAUCAAAAAAGGUUUUGAUGAACUGGAACAGAAACUGAUUUCUGUGAGACGUAUUGCAUCCACUAUGAGGAAGAUGUUGUUCGAAAUCGGCGGAUACUUCGUUCAGUCUAUCGGGAGUACGGAAGCCAAUCAGACAGGUACAAAAAUCCCGGACAAUCUUAGGAGAGAAAUCAUGACGUUAGAUGGUGUGUAUGGUAUGGGAACAAUCUAUGGGCAAGUCGAAAUACACCUGCGGAAAAUGGAAAAGGAGAUGAAAACAGAAGUACAGGAUAAAGUUUCGGAAGUGAUGAAUUGUUUCAAGUUCCUCCAACCGUACCGUAUUAUCAGCGUAUUACAAGAGCCGCGAAAUCUCUUUGCUAUCACGUCUGGACGCGGUAUAAAGAGUCUAAACCCGCAUAAAAAUGAUACCUACCGAAAAGGUACUUUGGGUGGCUUUGUUCGUAGUAACAACAACAAGUUGUACGGGCUAACCUGCGCUCAUGUUGUCCAUGGAAAUGGUAAUGUACACGACGUCUUUAUCCAAAGCGAAACAGAAGAGAUGGUCUUGAUCGGAAGAAGUCUUCCAAGAAUGACAGUUUUCCCCGAUACGAACCGUAUCGCCUUUAUUGACAUUGCGGCCAUAGAAAUUACAAAAGAAUGUCAGCCAAAAUGCUCUCUAAAGGAUGAGCACGGACAGGAAAAAAGAGCACAAGUGUUUGAAGGGAAGCCGGAGACAAUUGUUUCAAAUUUCAUUUACAAGUACGGAGCUACUUCAGAUCUGACGAAAGGCAUCGUGGUCUCGACCGACUACAGUUUGUUUGGUCCGGAUGCAAGAGAACUAGUUGUGCUUAUAGACAGUCUACCAUCGAUAGACGCAGGUAAAUACGCGCAAGAAGGUGACAGUGGCGCUAUUAACUGCAUAACUGAUAUAACAGAUCAUAGUGGCACAAUCAAGGCAGUUUCAAUGAUAACCGCUGGAGGAUGUAUAUUAGAAGGCCAUGACAAUGAAAUUUGUUUGUCAUUCCUGUUGCAUAAUGGGAUAGAAAGAUUGCAAGAAUCAGGUGGUGUUGAGCUAAAACUGUCUACGUCUGAGAACUAACUUUCAAAAUGUAAUUACAACAGUAUAUUUUAUUCUGAUUGUGUCACAGUAUUAGACAUAUUGCGUGUUGCGGCAAAGAAAUGUGUUCUAAACUUAAAUAAUUGAGAACUGCAAUGCUUUGGAUAAUUUAAAGAAACAUUCAUAUGAAUAUUUUCUGCAAACAGUCAUUUAUACAUCUGUAAUCCUUAGCACAUAUAUAUAUAUAUAUAUAUAUA